UAAGUUAACUUUUUGGAACAAAAAGAAUCCAAAUGAACAAAAUAAAAAUGUACAAAAAUUUGGUACAAUUUUAAAACUAUGUUAAAAUAAAUAUGCAAUCAGUCCUAGCCACAAGCCCUUCCUAGCCCAUAGUGCCGGCUUCACAGCUAACUCUCUCCCUCUCUAUCUCUCUGAAUGGCUCGUUUCCCUUACUCGAUGCGUAUGCGGACAAAACUGAGUGCGAAGCAUAAACAUAAAUUCAUUCAUUCUUUCACUCCCGGAAAGCUAACAUCGGAGAAACUCCGCUCGCAACGCAGCGCGUAAAAUUGCUCCCAGCAGUAGAAAAGAUCGUCUUUCAUCGUGUGUGCGAUCGUUGCAAAAGUGCAUAAGUCUUACCUUGGGUGCAGUUUUGUGUUAAAGGUAUUCUUCCACAAUUUAUACGAAGGUCAAUCGAUCACGUGCCGCCAAGUGUGUUUUCCGUGUAGAGUGUGCGUUUUGGAUGAUUUUUUUUGUACGGAUCUGCAUGCACCCGUUGAUUGUCAUGGUCUCAUUAUAUUAAACCUUGAGAGCAAACGUUGCGCCAGUAAGUAGCGCGUGUAAAAAAAGAAAAAAACACAAACCUUCCAGUCUGCUCAGUGAAGUGAAACGAAAAGAAUUGUUUAGUUGCUUGCUAUAGCGUAACGUAACGAUCGUUUACGAUAAGACGCGAUCAUCGUCCAACGAUCCUACCUGGCGAAGGUAACAAGCAACACGGUUAAUCCUAUCCAUCAUCAUCAUACUUCUUUGCCGGAAGAGUGCCCAAAAACGGUUUCAGUGCGAAUUAAUCAAAUUCUGGGAAGUUUUUCCGUUUUUAAACCAGGCACCCAGAGUACUACGCCCGGAAGCACUCGCCCGUGAACUAAUUAGAAAUACGAUAAUCAAUUUGGUUAGAAAAAAAAAUUACACCAUUCCAUAUACGAGACAGCGUGCAUCGUUCAGGUUGGGGAAGAUUUUUUCGUUUUCCCCGGGCGAGGAUAUCGUGUUUCGUGCCACGUGUAUCUAUUCCUUCGUCGCGUUCUAACCGGUGGAAGUGUUCGUUCGGCGGGAAGAGAAGGCCCAAAACAAAACCCCCGAUCCAAAUCUCAAAGAAACGAAAUCUUUCACCUCAAACAUCUGUCGGGAUUUUUUGGACAACGGAGUGUUGGUUACAAACAUUGGAAGAACACCCGUCAACGUUCGGAAAACGUUCCAGCUUCGAUCAUCUCGAAACCGACCAAAAAGGACCUCCACAGUUCAGCUGGCAGACACGAAACUCGCAUCCCCUUUUUUUCGGUAACAGCCGGUAACAGGCGAACAGAGGCGCCGGACACAGAGAGAUACGGUAGAAAGUGAAUCACGUGAAACGAGCGGCACAUCGGCCGGCGGGCAUUAGAGAGUUGCAGCAGCCGGUAGACUGCAGUUCAGUUCAGUUUGUCGUUUGUACGUGUACGGUCUACGGUUGUGCAGUGCGGCACGUGUGUACAUCCACCGUCCAGGAUUCGUUCGGUACGCAGAGCACAUCGUUGCCUUUGUUGCUGUAUUCAGCGCACCAGCAGAAGAAGCUGCGGCCGCAUUUUAAGCAGCAAAAGGUUUCUCCUGAUUUAUUCUUCGAUCGAACCGGAAACAUCUGCAACCGAUCGUACGUACGCAAAAGUGGCAAUCGACUGUGCACCAAGGCGCUGGGAAGAGAUCUAAGCGCAAAAGGAAGAGCUUGCCGUUGCGUUUGAUAUUUGGCGACCUUUUUUUUCGGCAGCAUCCGUAUAAGCGAGAUAAUUCCUCAAGAUCGUGGGCAAAUCUUCUUUAAGUAAAGCCAAGCAACCAUUACAAACACCAACAUGCAGGUUGAAAGUGCAACGAAAUGGCGUGUUCCUCCACUGGACCUGUCCGCUGUCAGUGUGCUGACGAACGAGACGGAACGGCGCUGGAACCACGGUACCAACGGCAAUGGAGGUAGUGGCGCUACCAACCUUAAUGGUCGUGAAUCAAACGCCAGCUCACAGACAAACAUCAAGAAGAUCCAGUACGGUGCCGACGGAUUGCCGAUUGAUCCACGUGAUUGGACGCGAGCGAACGUGUGGACCUGGCUGAUCAAUUUGGCCCAGUCCGAAGGUUUGGACAUCAGUCCCGAACUCGCCCAGAAGUUCCCCAUGAAUGGAAAGGCCCUCUGUCUGAUGAGUCUAGAUAUGUACCUGAGCCGAGUACCGAUCGGUGGCAAGAUGCUGUACCGUGACUUCCGGGUCCGAUUGGCAAGGGCCAUGAGCUUAUGAGUGCCCUUUGAAAUAGCUGAAUUACAGCCGCAUCGGGGCGAAGAACUGACAAUAUUAUAAUACUAGGAAAAGCGUAAGCACAGAGGCUCUGGCAGCGGGGAAUACCAAACCAAAACUGCUAGACCAACUUGGGGCGCGUUUAAUUUAUCGUUCUAUAAAUAGCACCUAGUUACCAUAAGCUAGCUGUCCAAAGUGGCUUUAUUUUACUGGUUUUUUUUCUUAUUUGCACAGUUUUCCAACCAUUUCAACCGGAAGAUUAGUAAUUCGAUGGCAGCAACACCAAAACUUACAACUUAGCGUAAAACUAACUAGCAGACAAAGUAAUAGCAAUAGAUUGGUAUAUUAAGUGUACAAUUAUACCGCGUACAGUGGGGUAAAUUUGGGAAAACUUUUGGAAACAUAAUUGUAAUUUAAUAAUGGAAAGCUUUUAAACACAAAGGCACAAUAUUCACUCAUUUAUGAGCACACAACAUUGAAAGCAUAUUUAGUAUUUGUAUAGUAUUCGGAAUAAGUUACUCUAGUCAGUAAAUGCACAAAAAUUAAAUUCAA